CUGACACAGUGUAAUGACUCUGUCUCCUAAUGGACUGACCUGCCUCUGUAAUGGCUUCCACUUGUCUUAAGUGCAAAGACCGUGGAGCCAAACACAACUCCAUCAAGCACCACAGACAGAGUGAGUGUUGGCUAUACUUCACCGGCUCCACACGACUGAUGGACAGAUCCUGGAUUUUGAACACUUUGAACAUUAAACGAUGCUUGACUAGACAUAGUUGACAAAAAUCAGCAGUGCUGACCUUUGACCUUCAGCCAAUGAGUGCCCAUUUCUGACUGGUGGAAGAUGGAGAAGUCUGCAUUUCUGCUUUGUGUUUGAAGCACCACACUGUAAACAAUGGAGGUGUCUGGAUUCCCUCCAACAGCAGAGCUUAACGAAACUGAACUUAAUGAGACAUUGAAUCAUGGCCACCCAAUGCAUCUGGCUCGCAGCAUGCAGUUAGGGAGCAUGUCCAAUCCGCAAUCGCGUUUACGAGUUAUGUCGGGCCUCGUGGUCAUGGUGACUCUUAAUGCAAUAGCGCUGUUGGCCAAUAGCGGAGUGCUUGCUGUGGUGGUGAAAGUGCCACAUCUCCGCAAGUUCAGUUUGGUGUGUCACCUCUGCAUCGUGGAUUUACUGUGUGCCGCUCUGCUAAUGCCUCUUGGCAUCAUCUGCAACUCACCCUUUUUCGCUGGCAUCGUCUUUUCUGUACUCGAAUGCAGGGUGUACAUAUUCCUCAAUGCCUUUCUCAUAUCUGCCUCUAUCUUUACUGUUACUGUGUUUAGCAUCGAAUGCUACUUCUACAUUGUGCAUCCCAUGAGGUACGAGGCUAAAAUGACACCUUGGUUAUCCGUAGCCAUGAUGGGAUUUGUCUGGGUGGCGUCUACUUUGCUAGGACUUGCUACCGUCUUCGGAUGGCCCAGUUAUGGAAGUAGAAGAUCUAUUGCCGCCACCCAUUGCUCUCUUUAUUGGAGCCAUAGUGCACACCGGAGAGUAUUUGCUAUUUUAUUCUGCAUGGUUUGCUUUUGCAUUCCAGCUGCUAUUAUUAUUGCCAUCUAUGCGAAUGUCUAUAAAGUCGCCCACACGGCUGCACGAGAAAGAGGGCCGAUCCUGAGCUGGAGAAGGGAGAUCAGUUAUCCGAAGCAUCGGUCUGAUUCCGUUAGCAGCCACACCUCGAUCAUCACCACCAGCACAAGCAUCAGCAGAAAUCAGGUCCCUCACAGGAAAAGGAGACUGGUUGGUGGAAAAGCAGCUCUUACUUUAGCCAUCAUCGUGGGUCAGUUCCUGCUCUGCUGGCUGCCUUACUUUGCCUUCCACCUGCAUUUGUUGCUGGGAUUCUCCCAUGGUACCUCUGAAGAAGCCGAAGGAUUGGUCACAUGGCUGGCGUAUUCGACGUUCGCAGUAAACCCAUUUUUUUAUGGUCUGCUCAACCGUCAGAUCAGGGAGGAGUUGUGUAAGAUGCUCUUGUGUUGCCGAUCAACCGGCAGACUUGUGCAGCCCUCAGCUUCAGGCCACGAAUGUUCAGGACAUCAGGACUUUUUUAAUUUUUUGCGCAGAAGUGGUGACAGGGACGACGUUAGAUGCAGCUACCACAUGGCUACACCGAGGAGCACACUGGACCAGACUAGUUUUAGGAUACAGGGGGAAAUACCUGAGGAGAUCACCUAAACUAUUCAUGAGAUUUCCGUGGGAUGGAGGAUUGGAGAGGAUUAAUCAUUCAAUUUUUGUAAUAGAGUUUUUAUUGUAAAUUAUUGUUUUAGCACUUUAUAAGCUUCACUUUAAUGAUGGCAUACAAUUAAAAUUCACCCUAUCUAUUUUCUUAAUGCAUGUUAUUGAUAUUAUUGUGACCGAUUCAUCCAACAU